AUGCAUCAUAAGAACUUACCAUCAUCAAAUAAUAAUAUUAUUGAUGGACAUUUAUCAUUGGAUUAUAUUGUUUGUGUAAUUUAUGAUAAAAUAAAAGAUGUCUAUUUAAUGAAUAAUUAUCAACAACGUGGUGGUCUUUGGUUUUUAUCUAGUGAACGUCGUAUUAAUGAAACAUCACUUCAAACAAUUAAACGUUUACUUGAUCCAAUUCUUAUUUAUGAUUCUGAUCAAAUACACUUAGUUAAAGUUUGUUCAACAAAAACUCUUCCAUUUAAAGGUCGUGAUGUUCUAUUCUAUGCUAUUAUGCCUAAAUCAACUACUACAAUUAAUAUAUGGUUAAAUGGUAAAGUUGAUGGAAUUGAUAUUGAACGACAAUUAAAUACUUUACAUGAUAAUUCUAUUGUUUGGUUAACAACUAUUCAAUUGAAAUAUAUUAGUAAAUUAUCUCGUUUAUUAGGUAUAGAACCAUUAACAUUAAAUAAACAAUUUAAAGAUAUAUUUCAUUCAACUAUAAAAACAAAUAAUACAACUGUUAUUUACGAAGAAAUUAAAAUACCACAAAUUGAAACAAUAUCGAAAUCAACUUAUAAUAAUGCUGCUGAAACACUUCUUCUAUCAGCUAAAUUUACAUCAACGAUUCAAGAAAAACUCUAUGAAGAAUAUCAUCAUUCUGUAUUACCAUCGGAUUAUUUGAAUUUCGAAACAUUUAAAAAUCUAAUAUUACGUAAAGGUUUAGAAUCUUCACAUAUUACAGAUUAUUUUCGUGCAUUUGAUUCAACACAACGAAAUUAUUUAACAUUUCUUGAUUAUUUACUUGGUCUUGCUGCAUUAGAUCCAAAUACUCAACAUGGUGGUGUACCAGCUGAACAACGUUGUCGUUAUAUAUUUCGUUAUUAUAAUAUCAAUAAUAAUCAACGAAUGACAUUUGAUGAAUUCAAAAUAAUGAUUAAAGAUAUACAUAAAAAUAAAGGACAAAAUUUAAUAGGUGAUGCAUUGAACGAUGAAACAUUACAAAUGUUUCGUUCAUUUGGACUACGAUCAUCUGAUCAAACAUUAAAUUUAAUGGAUUUUUUAUCAGGUGUUGGACAACUUCGAUUUCGUGGUACAUCUGUAUUAUUUCGAUUAACUAUGUCAAUAAGUGAUUGUUUUAAACGAACAUCAACACCAAAUACAUUAGUAAUACCAUCAUCAUCUUCGAAUAUAACCACAUCAAAUCGAACUUUAAGUACACUAACAAUGGCACGACGUUCUGGUACACAACAACAACAACAAAUAUCUGUUGAUGAUACACAUCCAUAUGAAAUUGCUACACAUAUUGUUAAAGUAAAGAGAACAGGUGUUGUUGUUGAUAUAACAUCAUUGUAUGAUUUGGAAAUAGCAGGAGCUAUAAGUGGUAGUACAGCUUUAUUUUUUGAUGAUGACAAUGGUAAAUUUGAUCGAAUCAAUAGUCAAGAUUGUUUUAAUCAACGUACACAUGCAAAUGAAAUGCUCAAUGGAUUACGUUAUUUUGAACGAGGAUCUAAAGAAGGAGGACCUGCAUUAAAAGAUGCUUUUACAUGGGGAAAAGUUGAUAUGUCAGCAAUGGCUCGUUGUUUAUUAGUUUUAUGUAAACAGAUUUAUUCAAUUUUUAUUAAAGAAAAUCGAUUGUUACGUGUUUCAUCAGCUUGUUAUAUUUUGGGUGAUUUACAUGGAAAUUUUCGUGAUUUAAUUUGUUUUGAAAAAACAUUCUGGCGACUUGGACCUGUACUUACACCAGCAUCCAUACUAUUUUUAGGUGAUUAUGUUGAUCGAGGUUUAGAAGGUGUGGAAGUUGUCGCUUAUCUUUUUGCUCAAAAAGUCCUUUGUCCACAUAAAGUUAGUUAA